AUGUCUACGGAUUUUAAGACAGGAGAUUUGGUCCUGUGUAAAGUUGGUGCAUUUGCUCCUUGGCCUGCAGUUGUUUUCCCUCAAAGAUUUUUGAGCCCCGAUGUAUAUCGUAAACGUAAACGGAAUUGUGUGGCUGUAUGUUUCUUUAAUGACCCGACAUAUUAUUGGGAAUAUAUACAUAAAUUGAAACCAUUACCAAAGGAUGCAAUUCAAGAGUUUUUAUCUCAAAAUAAUACUAACCAUAGUGGUAAACAUACAGUACCUAAAGAUUUACUAGGCGCUUAUAAAUUAGCAGAUAAGUAUUCAUCAUUGAGAGCCUUUAUGCGAAAUAAAUUUAGGAGUGAAAGUAGAUUAAAUGAAUUUAAUGAAGAAAUUAUGGAAAAUGGAGAAGUUGAAAGUGGUGAAGAUCCAUUUUGGGGUAAAACUGGAGAUGAUAGAAAUGUAAAAGAAGAAAUUAAACCAACUUUAGAAAUUCUCACAAAUGAUAAAGAUAAAUUAAUAUCAGAAUCUGAUUCAGAAAACGAUAGUACUGUUAAAAAUGAAUCUGAUUUACUUGAUGAAAAACCUAUCUUGGUUAAUGAUACAAAUUCACCAUCAUCAAAACACAAAUAUCGUAAAAAAUUGGAUAGAAAUCGUCGGAUGGAGAUCACAAUGUUAUUUCGUCGCAGAAUGCAAAGAAAUCUUAUUCAAAGAAAGACACCACCAGCACCAAACGAUAUUACUGAGACUCAUAAAUUAUUAGAAAAAAUUAUUGAGAAUUUAGAUAAUGAUCCUCCAUUCUUUGAUGAAGAAUGUCUUAAGAAGAGUAAACUUUACAAACUACUGAAAGUCAUUAAUUGCGAUCCGAAACUGAAAGAAUUCCAUCCGGCAUGUGAAACUAUCUUAACACAUUGGAUUGAUAUUAUUGCAAGAAUUAAGAAAAAUAAAGAUCAAACAAGUUGA